AUGAGUUCAAAAGUGAAAAACAACAAUGGAACCGAAGUGAGGGUCUAUGAAAUUGUGAGUUUCUUUUGAGUGCUGUUCAUUCAAAACAGUGUAGCUCAGCUGCCAGUAGAGAUAUCAAAAUAUUGUAAACUAAGAAAAUGUAGCCAAUAUUUUAGAGAUCAAUUUGUUAGUUGACAAUUUUUCGAUAUCUCUACCGACAGCCGAGAUACAUCGCUUUGAUUGGACGUUAUUGGGGUGCCCUUCUAUUACGCUACUCAACUUCGCAACCGAGCCCUUACCUAUUUGGUUGCGAAACGUCCCGUCCCCUUAUGCAGACGUCGAUAAUCUUUGCGAGUGUGAUGAUUUUCGUCUCGAUGCUCGUCAUCUUCCUGAACUUUCAUCUCGCCCGCCGCGUCCUCCACCAUCGGCGGCAUCCGAUCAUGCGGAAACUGCGGAAAAUGGUGCCACGAUAUCGGAGUGCAGUCAAAAACGGAAUGCUGACCGCCACGGAGACGGUGAUUCUGGCGUUGGAGGCAGGAAUGACACUCGAAGGCGUCCGACUCGAAUACGUCAAUUCGGGCGCCACUCGCGAGGAGAUUCUCGAGUACGUACCCGUAUCUGCGUUGCCGGCAGAGAUAUCAAAAAGGUGUCAACUGAGAAAAUGUAGAAAAUUUCUUCACGAGCAUUUUAUUAGUUGACAACUUUUCGAUAUCUCCACCGACAGCCGAGAUAUGUACAGUGCUGGCCAUUAAUAUAUGAAAAAAUGGUUUUUUGAGGAUAACUUUUUUUCUAGUCAUCCGGGGACCCUGAAACUUAUACGGUAUACAAAAAGUGCCGUUACACUGAGUCACAGCGUGGACGUUUAUCAUUAAAGCGCACUUGCAGCGCACGCGCGGGAGUUCAAAAAUAAUAAAUUUUCGGCGAAAAUUGCGUUAUUCCCCGUGUAAAAAUUGAACGCCGUAAUUUUUUCGUUUUUGUCACAGGCUAUAUUGUAGCUGGGAGUUAGACGGUCAUUUUGAGCACACACAGAGCCAAAUCGGUGCAGCCGUCGUGUUUCCUUGUGCAAAACUGUGUAGCGAUGCGAAAUAAAUUUAAAAGUUUGAGGUUAUUUUGAAUUGUUUCGCAGAUUUAUUACGACAGUGACGCUUGAAUACUGUUAUAUAAUGGCUAGAGACGCUGUACGGAUGAAAAAAAAUCGCAACUCAAUGCAAAUAGACCGAUUUUUAAAAAAACCAUGAAAGAGUAGCGUGAAUUUCUGGCUGAAAUACAUGAAAAGCAGAAGUUUGUCAAUAUUAGAAGUUGUAGAGAUGAAAGAGAGCUUUAUCAAACGUAAAAAAAUGAUUAUGUGCGCGAUUGUUACGUCUUUUUGCCGUCAGAAAUCUGAAGUGUCGCUGAAAGUGAGCUUUGUAGGCAAACUUCCGGCCACAAGGAUCGAAUUUUUAGAAUUGUAGAAGUGAGAUAACAUCGCGAUAAAAAGAAAACUAAGAAUAUUUUUCAAUAAGCUUCAUUCAGUAAUCAAACAAAUUUAGUGUUCCGUUAAAAAAAUUUUUUUGCUGGAGAUUCCUGGUUUUCAGUUGAUUAGUGCUUUUUUUCUAUUCGCGUGUCCGCCGCAAUCCGAUAAAAUGAUGGGGAAAAACCUGAAAUUAUUUAUCGGCGAAGAAAAUAACUGUUCUUUUUUUAUUCUAACCGCUACUCCGUGCCGCUCGGCAAUUUCCACCAGCUUCGCGCCUUUCCAACUGCAGAAAUUGUCGCAACGAGUCCUGAAAAUUUAAAUUUGAGUUUUUUGCAACAAAUAUUUAACGAAAAAUUGCGUUUCGACAAGUUUUAAAAGAUAAAAAAACGAGAAAAAAAGAUUUUUAAUUGCGAAACCAAAUAAUCCAAUAGUGCGCCAAGUGAGUGCAAGAUGCGCCAGCAGUCUCCUUUGGUCUCAUGUCCACGCUGUGACUCAGUGCGUUAGGCAAAGUUGCGGACUUUCAAACUGCAUCAUCAUUUAUUUUUUUUUCAGAAAAUGUUUUUUUUUCAUUUUUUCGAUUUUUCGAUUUUUGACGUUUUUUUAUUUUUUUCGAUUUAUUUUUUUUUCUGUGAUAUCAUAUGACUCUAAAAUGAUUUGUAGACGUGGGAAAACCUUGUGGAAGACAAAAUGUGCCCAUAGAUGUUAAAAAAGCGAUCAUCCGAGGUCGCCAGCAAGGCAUGAAGUUGAAAGAUCUUGCUCAGCAGUUUCAGCUCGGUAUUUCCACGGCUUUCAGCAUUUUGAAAAGAUUCAAGACGCAGGUAAGGUUCAAAGUGUUUGUCAAACCCAAUAAAAUAUUUAGAAUACCUGCAUCGGUCCAAAGGCGCCAGGAAAACCUCGUGGAACUACCAAGGCCAUGGAUCGGAACAUCCUGAGAGCGUCGAGAGAGGAUCCCAGAAGGACUUGAACGGAAAUCCAGAUGGUUGUGAAUUCUCCCACGGAUCCAGCACCUUCUAGAAGAACAAUCAGAAGACGUUUAUUCCGUUGAUACGUCUCAGAGGUCCCAUAGCGUUGGCCGAGAAACAUCCCCAUACCAUACACGAUCCUCCUCCGUGCUUGACUGUUGGAAGAUGGUAGUUGGAAGGAUAUCUGGUUCCAACGGGACGCCGAAUCCAGCAAUUUCCAUCACUACCAAACAAAUUAAACUUGCUUUCAUCGGACCAGAUGUGUUUUUCCUAUUCGCGAGGUCCCCAGGUGAGAUGAGCUUUUGCCCAUGCAACUCGAGCCUUCCGGUUCUUCUGGUUUGCGAACUGGACGUCGUCCAUGGAGCCCAGCAUCUUGUAAAAGUCUUCUGAUUGUUCUUCUAGAAGGUGCUGGAUCCGUGGGAGAAUUCACAACCAUCUGGAUUUCCGUUGAAGUCCUUCUGGGAUCCUCUCUCGACGCUUUCAGGAUGUUCCGAUCCAUGGCCUUGGUAGUUCCACGAGGUUUUCCUGGCGCCUUUGGACCGAUGCAGGUAUUCUAAAUAUUUUAUUGGGUUUGACAAACACUUUGAACCUUACCUGCGUCUUGAAUCUUUUCAAAAUGCUGAAAGCCGUGGAAAUACCGAGCUGAAACUGCUGAGCAAGAUCUUUCAACUUCAUGCCUUGCUGGCGACCUCGGAUGAUCGCUUUUUUAACAUCUAUGGGCACAUUUUGUCUUCCACAAGGUUUUCCCACGUCUACAAAUCAUUUUAGAGUCAUAUGAUAUCACAGAAAAAAAAAUAAAUCGAAAAAAAUAAAAAAACGUCAAAAAUCGAAAAAUCGAAAAAAUGAAAAAAAAACAUUUUCUGAAAAAAAAAUAAAUGAUGAUGCAGUUUGAAAGUCCGCAACUUUGCCUAACGGCACUUUUUGUAUACCGUAUAAGUUUCAGGGUCCCCGGAUGACUAGAAAAAAAGUUAUCCUCAAAAAACCAUUUUUUCAUAUAUUAAUGGCCAGCACUGUAUAUCCGGUUCAGGAGUAUUCUCGGAAAACUGCCCGCAAAGUUCUUCAAUCGUCUCAAGACGGCCGGCCGCUUUCUGGAAGUCGGCAUGGCCAACGAAAAAGUGUUUUUGGAUUUGUGGAACAGCCAAAGCUACCGGGAUCUCGUCAUGACGGUCUGUUUUGGGCGAUUUUAGACGGAUUGGAACUAUAGAAAAGCUAGGCCAUCAAAUUGUGAUUCCUAGGCCACUUGUUCGAAAAGUUAGGCUUGUCGGAUCCUAGGCCACCAACACUAUUAAUUCUAGUCCAUCGUUUGUUGCAGGCAAACCUCGUUGAAUGCCGUACCCAAACGUACAUCCUGCCCGUCAACUCUGCCGCCCUUUCAUCCGAAAACAACCAGACGGACGGCGAUUCCACCGUGAACAAGGCGAAUCCGGACAGAUCGCCGCCGGGAAGAAGUCAGCGACAAAGUCAGCGUCAAACGGCCUCCGAAAAGGCGAAAUCCAUGUUUUUGCCGGAAGGAAAACCGCUCAUUUGCUCCGGAGUCAACGAUGAUGCACAAUAA